UUUUUUCAGAGAAAAAAAUGUCACAAGAAUUACAGGAAGACGACACACUUAGAAAAAGAAAUGUGCUACAAGAAUCAAUUAAUGAAUCACUCCAACAAACCCCAAAAAAGGGCAAAAGAACAUGCGAAGCAAUUUCAGCCUCAGCCACUUCAGCUUCCUCAGAUGAUGAAGAUCCUUUAACUGUAGUUAAGGAGAAACGAUUGAAUAGACUAAAAAGAAUAUUGCCUCAAUCUUCUGAUAAAUUGGGAAGUUGUGUUGAUAAAUUACUUUCUCAUCUUCCUGAACGGUUUUUUUCUUUUAUUUUUUAAAUAUUUUUUAUUUUUAGUUGGCGAAAUUGGGUUGUACGAGGGAUUUUAUCGGUUAGUUUAUUUUAUUCCUAUAUUAGUUGUUC